AUGAAAGAUAACGUAAUAGAAGUUGUAAGAACGAGUGAUAGAAUAAUGUGCAUAAGAAGUAUUAUAGCUGUAUGCGUGUAUGCUCCUCAAACAGGGCUGGAUGAGAAUGAAAGAAACGCUUUCUAUGACCAAUUGGGAGACAUAUUGAGUGAUAUUCCAUCAGAGGACAAAGUUAUAAUAGAGAUAAUUUUAAAGCACAUGUGGGCCAAUCCAAGUUAG